AUGGAAGAGUUUGGCUUUGUGGCCGUCAACGAUCCGCUCAAGCAGUACACGUCGGCGGUGAAGCUCGUGUACGCGCGUAGGUCAAAGUUCCGGCGCGGCGAGUCGGUCCAGCUCGAGCGAGGCCCGCCGAUUGUGCAGCCCGGGGCGUCGCUGGUGGCGCUCGCACGGCCGCUCUUCCAGAACCGCGAGCUGCUCGACGCUCUUAGUCUGGUUCUCUCACACGAGGCCUUUGACUCGGUCUGCAAGUGGCACGACCAGCUUGGCUUUGUCAUUUUCUCGCAAACCCAGUUUGUGGCGCAGGUCCUGGAGAUCGAGUUCUCGAUGCCUGUCUACGCGCAUUCUUGCCUGCCGCGGACGCUCUGGGAGACCUUUACGGCAUACCUCGCCAAGUACGGCAUCGUGGACGUCACUGUCGCCGCCACCGAUGCCGCGCCGGGCCAUUUCUACUUUCAGCACAUUCGCCUUGACUUUGUUGAAGGCAAGGACAUCCGCUUUGUCACCAAGAUCAAGCCGUCCAAGAUCGCCAAGUUUGUGCCGCUCCCCUUUCCUGCCAUCAGCAGCGCGAUCGAGGAGCAUCCGAGCCGCAAGCGCUCGCGUUCACUCUCACCCGAGCCGCAGGCUGAAGUCAAGCGAGCCAGGACCAAGAUCAAGAGCGCCACACCGCCGCUGCCCAAUGGCGAGCCGCCCAAUGGCGAGCCCUCCAGUGGCGAGCUCGGCGGCGUCGUUGCUCCCGAGACCGCGCCGACACCUGACAUUGUCGAGCUCGAGAACGAGGUCAUUGCCAAUUUCACGCCCGAGACACUCGAGCGCAAGCUUGCCCUGGUACGGCUGAUCGAGGAGACGACUCACUCAUACAACUCGCUCAUGGAGGAGCGCAUGAAGCUGGACACCAAGCUCAGCGCCAUGGACACCCAGCUCCUCAAUCUUGUCGAGAAGCGUAACGCGCUCUCGUCCGAGUUCAACAGACUGUAG